GCCAGUGUUGUUGAUGUUGACAACGAAAACGACAAGAAAGAGAAAGAGGAGCUCCGGAGCUAUCUUGAAAGCAUUUCGGAGUCACAGGUCACUGAAGAAAGAUUGCUGGCUUACAACGAGAAGGCUCAGAAGCACUUCUACUACGUGGCCCUCCCUGCACACUUUGCAGCUAUGGAUCGAGAAAGGGAGGAAUUUGAUAAGCAACAGAACGGUGAAGAGUCACCAUGA